AUGAAGGCGCGAUGCUGUGCAAAGUGUGUCACUGAGAUGGAGGCCCAAGUCCGAUCGGUCACGAAAGGCCCUCAAGUUGGCCUUCAAGCAUUUAACUGCCUGGGUGCUUUCAAGGAAGUCAGGCGCUGGCAGCUGAACCUGCAAAGGAUGUUGAAGGCUCUUCCCCUCGAGGUCACCCCACGCGUGCAAGCUUUCAUCGGAGCACCUCAGAAGGGUGCACUGUGGCAGAUGGGGGCCCGGCAACUGUGCCUGCGCUGCGACAGGCAAGGCAAGACAACGGCCCGUUGCCGGUAUCACUUCGGGUCACUUCGCACUUGUCCUGCGAGAUCCAGCGAGGACCCCCGCAUCGACCAGCGGCGCCGCGUUGGCGCCGAGCCAAAGGUCAUGGAGCCCAUCACCUCUUGCAGAGAGUCACAAGGCAUGGCGCACAAGAUGCUUGCGAGCUGUACUGCAGGGAUGACUUUGGUGUCUGCCACGUUCCCAAGCAGUACCCUGUGCGCUGGCCAGGUGGCCAUCCCAGAGCUCGUGAAUCGUGAUCGGUAUGUCGGCACAGAGUCUGGGUUCCGAGUUGGAGAUGUGACAGGAUCACCGUGCCUGCGAUGGUCACCCACAGCAGCAAGGCGAACGGUGAAGGGGUACUGCAUGACCAGUCUGAAUGCAUGGGUGGAUCGGCGGAUCCUUUUUGGGCUGGUGGCUCAGAGUGUACGUGUGUGCAUGCGGGCAAAGCGUGAUGUUUGCCUCACACGUGUGUCAAGUGUGGUCCUUGACGGGACUGUUGAUGCCAUGCUGGUGGAGAAGGAUGCCCAUCUCCAAAAGCUCAAAGAUAGCGUGGCUGCCUCGGUGCGAGUUCAGAGAUGCUCAAUCAAGGUCUUAUCCAUGCAGACGGAAUGGCUAGCCGUGGCAGCUGCUCAGGAACAGCUUCGGCUUCGUGUGUUGAUGUGGGCCACCGAGGGUGACCAGAAGCAGUGA